AUGAACCCUAGCCUCCUUCCUCUCGCGCCGCCGAACAUUUCCCCCGCCACCGACGGACAUGUCCGCCACCGCGCCACGCCCAAUCCGGAGCCGCCACCUGUCCCUGCGCCGCCCUCCGCCGCCGCGGCCCGCGAGGCCCACGGCCGGCUCGCCCGCGCCCGCGCCGGGCCCGAGCCGUGCGCCCGCGCCCUGCCGCCUCCGCCCGCCGGUGACCCCGCCGCCCGCUCCAGCGACCAGGUCGGCCCCGCCGCCAUGGAUGGCCGCCUCCUCCCGCGAAGCCCCACCGCGCCGGUGCCCCGUCGGCCCCGAAAACCGGCGGAUCAGGCGCCCCCGUGCCCAGAUCCGGCCUCCUCGUCGGCCCCUCCUCAAGCUCCGACCGUCGCCUCUCCUUCGUCCCCGGCAAUUCCUCCGGCGAUCCUCGUUCUCCGCGCCCAGGUCUGA